AUGGAUAUAUCAGAGGAGGAAAAGCAAAAGAUUAGAGAGAAAGUUGAGAAGCUCAAGAAUUCCAGAUUUAAGCAACAGACACUCCCAGCUUGGAGACCCAUUCCUUCAUUCAAGUCCACAAUGAUCACCUUUACUGUUUUUGGUAUCAUCUUCUUGGCUCUUGGUAUUGCUCUUUAUGUGAUGAGUGAUCAAAUUAAAGAGGUAACUUAUCAAUACGAUGAUGAUGAGACUUGCAAAUAAAAUAUUGGUGAGGGGAAAAAAUGUACAGUUCCAAUCGUUAUUAAAGAAGGUAUUGAUCAACCAAUCUACGUUUACUAUCAACUUGACAACUUCUAUCAAAAUCACAGAAGAUAUGUGAAGUCCAGAAGUUUUGAUUAAUUGAAAGGAAAAUAAUUGAGCACAAGUGAUGUUAACACUGAUUGUGACCCAAUCGUUAAGAAUAAGGAUACUGGUAAAACUACUAGCAUCAAUGGGAAACCACUUAAUGCUGAUGAUGUUGCCUGGCCAUGUGGUCUCGUAGCAAAGAGUUUCUUCAACGAUAACUACACACUUGCAGAUCCCAAAGGAGCUGUUGUUGACAUUAAUCAAAAAGGCAUCGCUUGGGAAAGUGAUAAAGAAUAUAAAUUCGCUAAUUGGAAAGGCAAUAACUCUGCUGUGACCUAUAAGGAUGUUCAAUGGAUUGAUGUUGAAGAUGAGCAUUUUAUCGUGUGGAUGAGAACAGCUGGUCUCCCAAGCUUCAGAAAACUCUGGGGUAAGAUUGAAAAAAGACUUGAACCAGGUACAUAUCAACUGACAAUCGACAACAGAUACGACGUUUCCAGCUUCGAUGGUCAAAAGAGCUUCGUUCUCUCUACUACCAACACACUCGGUGGCAAAAACUACUUCUUGGCAAUUUGCUACAUUGUGGUUGGUGCCCUCUGCAUAUUAUUCGCCAUCAUAUUCCUAGUCGCCUUCCUUAAGAAAAGAAGCAGCAGACACAAUGAUUGA